CGAGCCCUCGCCAUAGUAGGGCUGUGCCAACGGUCGCAUUUCUCCAGUGUGUCUGACCGGGGAAGGGUUUCUGUUGCGGCGCUCCCGGUCCGAGGCUUGAAUGAGGUUGAUGCUGCUCUGCUGCACCUGGAAGGACGAACGCAUGGGAGAGGAGGAAGCCGGUGGCAGGUUGCCGGAGUGUGCGGGCUGCAGACAGCACAUCUAUGAUGAGCAGUACCUACAGGCUCUGGACACGGACUGGCACACGCUGUGUUUCAGGUGCUGUGAGUGCGGCGCGUCUCUCUCACACUGGUACUAUGAGAAGGACGGCCGUCUCUUCUGUAAGAAGGACUACUGGGCUAAGUUUGGAGAGCUGUGUCAUGGCUGUUCAGAGCCCAUCACCACCGGACUCAUCAUGGUCGCCGGAGAACAGAAGUAUCACCCAGAAUGCUUCACCUGUCUGAGCUGCCGGGCGUUCAUCGGUGAUGGAGACACGUAUGCUCUGGUGGAGCGAUCCAAACUCUACUGUGGACACUGUUAUUACCAGACGAUCGUGACUCCGGUCACCCUGCCCGACUCGCCCUGCUCCAGGAUUCCUCACACGGUCACUCUAGUGUCCAUUCCCUCCUCCACCGACGGGAAACGGGGCUUUUCUGUGUCCAUCGAUCAGGGCUCCAGUCCCAACGGCUUCAGCCCCGAACACACACACACCGUCAGAGUCUCCGAGGUGGACAAAGAGUGCAUCAGUCCAGACGUCAAGAACUCCAUUCAUGUUGGCGACCGGAUCCUGGAGAUCAAUGGAACCCCAAUCCAGAACGUUCCUCUGGACGAGAUUGAUCUGCUGAUCCAGGAGACCAGUCGUCUGCUGCAGCUGACCAUUGAACAUGACCCUCAUGACCACAGCCCUUCAGAGGACCAGGUGGACGGGCCGACACCCCCGUCUGAGGGGCCCAGCCCCAUCACGCCCAUCACACGGCCCCCCAGCCAGGACGUUAACAACCUGCGCUCGCGGAUCAUCACGCGCAGCUACAGUAUCGAUAAAUCUCCGUGCUCCAGUAACACUCCGUCUCCGCUGUCUCUGAGGAAAGACAUCGGCCGCUCCGAGUCGCUGCGCGUCGUGUCCAGCCGCACACACCGAAUAUUCAGAGCCUCCGACCUGAUCCACGGAGAGGUUCUGGGUACAGGCUGCUUCGGACAGGCCAUAAAGGUGACUCACAGAGAGACGGGAGAGGUGAUGGUGAUGAAGGAACUCAUUCGAUUCGAUGAGGAAACACAGAGGACCUUCCUGAAAGAGGUGAAGGUCAUGAGAUGUUUGGAUCAUCCGAACGUGCUGAAGUUCAUCGGCGUCCUCUACAAAGACAAGCGGCUCAACUUCAUCACUGAGUACAUCAAAGGAGGAACACUGAGAGACAUCAUCAAGAAUAUGGACAGUGAUUAUUCAUGGAAACAGAGAGUGAGUUUUGCCAAGGACAUCUCCUCUGGGAUGACGUACCUGCACUCCAUGAACAUCAUCCAUCGAGACCUCAACUCACACAACUGUCUGGUCAGAGAGAAUAACAGUGUUGUCGUGGCAGAUUUCGGACUGUCUCGACUCAUGGUGGAGGACAAGAAUCAGGACAAGCUGCCGUCAGGACAGAUCCCGGGCGUGAGGAAACCCGACCGGAGAAAGAGAUACACCGUGGUGGGAAACCCCUACUGGAUGGCACCUGAAAUGAUUCACGGGAAGAGCUAUGAUGAGAAGGUGGACAUCUUCUCGUUCGGUAUCAUGCUGUGUGAGAUCAUCGGCCGAGUCAACGCCGAUCCCGACUGCUUGCCCCGUGCCAUGGACUUCGGGCUGAACGUGAAAGAGUUUUUGGAGGAUCACUGCCCGCCUGACUGCCCGACCGCUUUCUUCCCCAUGGCGGCGCUCUGCUGCGACCUGGACGCAGAGAAACGGCCUGCGUUUGUGAAGCUGGAGUCGUGGCUGGAGAACCUGAAGAUGCACAUGGAGAUGGGGCUUCAUCUGAUGUCCGAUCUGGAAGUCAUUCAUCAAGACUUCUGGCAGAAACACUCGAGUGGCAAGAACGGGCUUCACACGCACCCAGAGCAGCCUGAGUGAGAGCCGAUCGCUGCAGACGGAGGAGCAGGUCCACCACAGGACGUCCCGACACACCACGCUUCUGCAACCCACGCUGUCUCCUCACAACAUAACACAUCUGGACAGAUGUUUGAGCCGGAGUCUGACGCAUGCAUGUCUGCUGUGGCUCACAGUGUGAUGUUCUUCAUACGGUGCUGAUGGUGCGUUCAGGUCUCAUCCACACGACGUCUGUGGUGAAGCUCUGACUGUGUUUAGGUUGAUCUGCUGAUGAGAUAUGAACGCACCAGAACACACAUCAUCAUCAGUGUCCUCGUGGUCCUUAGGUACGCCCAGCAUCGGCGUCCUCGUGUCAGGCACGUCCCGCAGUGUAACAGAGUUACAGUACACGUUGUAAAUGUUUGACAUAUUGUAUAUGUGCAGACAUUAUUUUGUCCAGUGAUUGCGCAUUGGCGUACUUUCAUCUGGAUGUUUGCUGAAAUGCAAGUCCGGUCCUCACAAGAAGAUCAGGAAAAUGAUGAACUCUAGAGAGGCUUCCUGUCUGUGUCCAACACAUAUACACGUCACUUCUUAACUUAACACAGUCUUCUUGCCCCAAAUCCAAAAUAUAUGUAUAUAUGUGUGUUUUGCAGAAAACAAUGGAGCCUUUUUUUUUUUUAGAAUGAUUUAUUAUUUAAACUGUAAAGUAAAUUUGCAUCACGUUAGUAUUUGUUGUAAUGAAUGUAUUUUAUGGCGAUUUAAAAGAAAAUCCAAGAUCUUCACAGGCUUCAUGUUCUUGUGCAAAAUCGAGUUUCUAAUCUCUUUCUUUAGAUUUCGGGGUGAACGAUGUUGUGGACUCGUUAUUAACUAGUGCUUCAAAUUGUGAUGAGUGGACAGGAUUUCCUGACCUCAGCCAAUCGAAGCGCUCGGUACUGUUGACACGCUGACGUCUGAUCUGCAGGAGUUUGUUCCUGGCCUGUGUUUGAAAGGCUGAGCCUGAUUUAGACCCUCAUGUGUGACGGUGUGUCUCAGGGUGGAUCCUCACGACUGAACGGGUGUGUGUGUGUGUGUGUGUGUGUGUGUGUGUGUGACUCCCCAUGGGAGCCUCAGCUUUACACAACACUGCUGGUGUAAAUAUCUGACAGAAAGGCUUCUCUCGAUGUUUCUGCAUGUGUCCCUGUCACAUCCUCCACUACUGAUCCAGCUGUUCUCGUAAAGAUCAACAGAUGUUAUUGUGAAAACACGAAGGAGGAUCGCCAGGAAAGCACGUGUACAGACAGAAAAAAGUAAAAACACAGCCUUUUCUUCUCUCUUUUUGAAUAGAACCACUAUUUUCUCUUUUAUAAAAUGUUGAAAUGAUUUGAUUUGCACUAUGUGUGAAAGCGGCUGCCGCUCGAGCCUUUGGUUUCUUUGGGUUCCUCCGAACGUGAGCCGCUUGGUUAUUGUGUGAAUGCAGUCACUGAUGGAGCCUUCGGUGACGUUUGGCCGCUGACGCGCCGGUCCUGAGCAGCAGAUGAGAUCUGAUCCCAGUGCACUUAAUAAUAUACAGCUGGCAUCACCUGCAAUUAAAUGACUGCGUUCACUAUCAGUACCAGUUUGACUGUUUCUAAAUAGAUAUUUGGCUGUUGUUUGAUAUGAAUCUGUAUCCUGCACAGUCUAGCUGAUGUCAACCAGACAGACAAACACUGUUGUCAAGUCUGGCUUGGUUUAUCAAGACAAUAAAUAGGCUUAAUUUUAAUUUCAUGUUGACUUGAAGCCCUGAUGAUCAUAUCAGAUAUCAAUAAUAUCAUUAUUGCCAUUAACAAAAAGCCAUAUUACUAUGAAAGCCAUUUUAGCAAAUUGAUUAUGAGUCCACAGUUUGUGUAACCAAAAACUGACCAGAAAUCCAGUAUCCUGUGAGCCAAAGCAGUGCUGUAAUGUAAGUCUGUGAGCUGCUGCUCGGGGCCGGGGCCCGGACUGAGAGUCCUGUAGCACCUCCAUCAUCCCCAUGUGCGGCUGGACCACCGCUGGCCUACACUGAACACUGGAGUCCACCUCAGGCUCCCGCUGCUGUCAUGUCAUCGUUCAUAUCUGUCACACUCAUACGCAUCAAUGAGAAAGUGCCGAGGAAGCCAGAGCUUGAUCUGGUGACAGAAUGCUGCAGCUUUUCCUUCUGGAAGCGAUGCUUUUACCUCUCCACAUUGCUGUGCCUUUGUUUUACGCUAGCCUUGCCAACGACUCGUCGUGUGUUUUGAGCCGGAUGAGUUUGUGUCGUCAUCGCUUACCUGUUUCAGUGAGGCUUCCUUUUGUUCUCUAGAUAUUUAUAUUCUCCACGUUUCCAUUGUUCAGUUUGAUAUUUUAGGUUUAUGGUUUCCUGUAAUUUAAUGUUUUUACUGAAGCUGUGAAAUGACUCUGCACUUUAAACGUACUGGCCGUGAAUGGAGGCGACUGUAAUUCAGCACAGAAUAAAGUCCGCUCCUGAUGUUA